AAAUUUCCAGCCACGAUCUCUACAAAGCCGGGAGAGGGAGGGCAAAAAAGGAAAAGGGAGAAGGUAGAGAAAAAAGUUUCUUUUUUAUUAUACCUGAUUCCGCAGCUCUCCCAAAUUCUCGCGUGGAAGCACUACAAUACGAUGGCGUGCUACUGGUUGUACAGUACUCGAGUACAGUAACUUAUUCGUGGAUUUCGUUAGGCGGUUCCACUCGCUUUCGUCCCAUUGGCCAAUUUCCGGCACGGCAGUUUACCCAACCGCAGAAGGAAGCUCCAUGCCCUUCCAACGUGCCAGCAACAACAAUACUGCAUCGUCCCUCUCUUUUGCAGGCAGCAAGCAACAAGCGGGUGGAGGAGGAGGCAGGAGGUAGGAGGAGGGGCGAGCGAGAGGGUUCGUCAGGCGGAUUUUCGUCGUUCCCAUUUUAUUUCGCUUCUUUCCCCGUGGCUUCGAUCCCUUUCUGUGGGCCUGUUAUCCUCUGCCCUCGCUCACUGGCAGCAUUAGUGGUUUCGCCACGUUCGUCGCUCUCCGCUUCACACUCUACACUUCUUUCGCCAUUCUCCUCUGUAGUGAGGGAGGAGAAGGGGGAAGAGGAUCACUGGACACGAGGCGUUCGGAAGAGAGGAGACUGAAAACAAUCGCAAUACAUUACGUCACUCCCAAAGAGCCAGUUUUUUUUUUUUUUACCCGAGCCCGAGGCGAAUCCUUCUGGACUCGUUCAAGACAAUCACCGCUCCACACUCAGGAUAGUAAACCCGUACGGUAUUCCACCAACACUGAUAGAACACCCUAAAGAUGCCGGCCCUCUCGUCUUCGCUUGCCGAGAACCGGCUUCACCCCUCGGCUCAAACUCACCAGACGGUCACUACGGUUGCUGUAUCGACCGAGGGCUAUUCCGAUCACGGUGCUUGCGGGAAGCGAAAAUCCGAGGUGUUGGGUUCUGGCCCUGGUGGUGUAGUGCCCAUUGGCGCAUUCGAAGUAUCCAAGGGCAAGAGACUGUUACAGGUUGGACUAGCGGUGGCCUACUGCCUUUUUGCAGCUGGUGUAGUGUUCGGAUAUGCCGCGUUGAAGCCCGUCAUGAUCAAGGAGGGAAUUUACAGGGAUAAAUGCACUGAUAGGGAGAUCGAGAGGGGUUUGAGAGUUUGUUACGAGCAGGAGAUACGGUUCGUGCUCUCUGAGCGCUCCCCCACUUGUUAUAGGGUAGAGAUGUAAUGCUAAUGACGUGCCCCGAACAGACUAAACUUCAUGUUUACUCUUGCAGCAGUAGGCACGAAUGUUUGUGCCUUGCUAGUUGGGACGAUAUUAGACCAGUAUGGGCCUAGAGUUUCUGGGAUUAUCGGAUCCAUGCUAUUUGCCCUCGGAUGCUUAGGCUUUUCUCUCGCGGAGCAGAUACGCAAUUUUGAUCGUGAGCUUCCCUCCCCCUCACCUUCUAUAGCCCUUUCUUUCUAACUCCGGUGCCAAGCCUACCCAAUAUCCUAUCUUCUUCUAGCUCUAGGUGGCCCGUUCAUCUUCAUCUCCUCUUUCCACCUCUCGAAUGCCUUUCCAUCGCACUCGGGCCUGAUUCUCUCGAUGCUCACAGGGGCUUUUGACUCCUCCAGCGCCGUGUUCCUCCUCUACCGGCUCCUCUACGAACACACCCAGGGAAAACUCACUCUAAGCACUUGGUUCACGGCUUACUUGAUUGUGCCCGUGACAGUCCUGAUCCUGCAAUUAACUCUUAUGCCCUCAGGGAGCUACAAGACCGUGGGCGAACUCGUCUCCCAAGCCGAAGUUGAGGAAGAACUGCUCCACGAAGACCAUGAUACCGGAGACUGUAUAGAAACCGACGACGACAACCACCUCCGUCUCCGUCACGAGCAUCACUCAAGCCUAAUCCACGAAAUUGAUUCACUUCUCGGGGGCAAAGAUGCGAAGGCAACACACGACAGGAAACUCGAAGAAUCCUAUGAGAGCAGUGGCCUCUGGGGCGCUAUGCACGGAAUGCCUAUAAAUCGGCAAAUAUGUAGCUGGUGGUUCGCACUCAUCACAUUCUUCACCAUGAUCCAAAUGAUCAGAAUUAACUACUUUGUCGCGACAAUCCUCCCACAAUACGAAUUCCUCCUCGGUAGCUACCACCGUGCGGUAGAAGUCAACAAAUUCUUUGAUCUGGCCUUGCCAGUCGGCGGCAUCCUUGCCGUGCCUUUAAUCGGCUACUUACUAGACCGCUACUCCACCCUCAUAAUCCUUCAAAUCCUCGUCGCCCUCGCUGCCAUAAUCGGUGGCCUCGGGAUCAUCAAGGACUCGUACCCCGCCGCCAUCGCCGGGAUAAUCGGGUUCGUGGCUUACCGCCCAUUCUACUACACCGCCGUAUCGGACUACGCAGCUAAAGUCUUUGGCUUUGAGACCUUUGGGAAGGUAUAUGGCCUCAUUAUCUGCCUUGCUGGCCUUUUGAACUUAUCGCAGACUGGCCUGGAUACGCUCACUUUAAGAGCUUUCCGCAAGGAUCCGCGGCCGGUGAAUUUUGGACUCCUGAUGGCGAGUGUAGUUGUGGGGUGCGCACUUGUUGGGUAUGUCUGGAGGAGCGGCAGGAGGAUCAGGAGGUUUAGGCUCGGGCUUGAGGCUGAGGGGGCCAGGGAGGAAGUUAUGCCCGGGGGGAGUUUGAAUGGGUAUGGAGGAGUUUAAAAGUUGGCGAAGGAGGAGAAAGGAAGGUCUACAUCGAUGCUCAUGAGCGAUGCUUAUCGCGGUUACGCCAAUUUUUCCUAUCCCUGUUUUUUCCGCUUGUGUGGAAUUGUUCUGGAACUCAUGGAAUCUAGUUGACAACAUAUCCGGCGCGUUCGGUGUUCUUUUUUUUCUUUUUUUCUUUUUUCCUUUUUUCUACUGCAGUCAUUCUAACCCAUUUAUGGAAAAUUGGCUGUUUUUCAUAUUCUUCUGCAAGACGCUGCGCUCCAUCUUUCUUCCAUUCACCCCAGCAGGCAUCACAUUGCGCUGGGUCAAUUCUUUAGUGUGUAUCUAAUAGCUAACCCACGAGUACCGGUAGUGCUCGAGCAUAGCCUUGGAAAUCAAAAAGUCUGAAAUCGGAGUUGAGAUUUUGUAUUAUGUUGAUAGUGAGGGUACCGUAUUAGAGUGCAGUGGUGGUCCAGUACUAUAAUUGUAAAUUUAGUAAAUUUAAACCGC